AUGUCGAAUGCACAGCCAAUGGCGUUAGUCCAGCCAUCGGAAGUCCUUGACGAGAAGUCGUCGGAUGCUUCACCUGCCACGCCUACGAACCCCUCUCCUGGAGCAGAAACACCAGAAUCGACUGAAAAGGCUACAACUAUCGACUUCAAUGAACAAACCAACUAUGUCCCGCAGAAGGUCAUCAUCACGAUAUUCUUGGCUUGUGCGAGUGUCGAUCUCCUCGCCUUGAUGGAUCAGACAACACUUGCUGCCGCUUUAACGAUUGUUAGUCGGAGUCUGGACGCGAGCUCUGAAAGUGCAUGGAUUGCUGGCGCGUAUUUCCUAACCUCAACAUCUUUCCAGCUGCUUUACGGCCGACUAUCAGAUAUCUGGUCCCGCAAGGUACUCUUAAUCAUCGCCAUCGGCAUUUUUUUCCUGGGUUCUUUAGCUGCAUCCUUGGCAACGACAUCAGUGCAGCUCAUCGUGUUCAGAGCGUUUACUGGUGUGGGAGGUGGUGGUGUCAUGACCCUUGCCCAGUUCAUUGUAUCCGACAUUGUUCCCCUACGAGAGAGAGGUAAAUAUCAAGGUAUACUGGGUUCAGUAGUUGCGGUAGCACAUGGCAUUGGCCCACCCAUAGGCGCUGCGUUAGCUUCAAUCAGCCACGACUCUUGGAGAUGGAUAUUUCGACUGAACCUCUUCAUGAGUGUUUUGACCACAUCCUGCGUCGUGUUCUUCAUGCCAUUGAGGAAGGUCACUGGUGAUUGGAAGAAGAAAGUUGCAGCGAUCGACUUUUUCGGCGCAUUCCUUGCUCUUGCAGGCUCGGCCUUACUUGUGCUGGCUCUGACUUGGGCAGGCGGCGAACAUGCCUGGUACUCUCGGCACGUGAUAGCUACACUCACCAUCGGCAUCUUCGUCUCGUUAUGUUUCGUGUUAUGGCAAUGGAAAGGAACGCGAGUACCGCUCGUUCCAAUUUGUGGUUACUCAGCGGUCAAGUCAAGUGCCUUACUACUACCCAUCACGCUCACCCAGACUUUGUUUAGCACGCUUUCGGGCCUGUAUAUCCACCGCUUCGGCAGAUAUAGAGAGUGUUUGUUGCUAGGCUGGGCUGUCUGGGCCAUUGGUAUGGGCCUCUUCUCCACCCUCGAAGAUGCUUCACUGGGCAAGCAAAUAGGCUUUGCACUACUCUCGGGUUUUGGCCUCGGCAACACGCUUCAACCAUCAUUGAUAGCUGUACAGGCUGGCGUCACACGAAAACAUAUGGCCAUUGUCACCUCGUUUCGCAACUUCAUCCGGAAUCUUGGCGGGACAUUAGGACUUGCUCUUUCCGGCACGAUCAUCAAUAAUGCUGUUAGAUCAACUCUUACGCCGCUCGGACUUUCAGCCUCAGCAAUCCAGCUGCUAACAAACUCGCCCGACCUUUUUCGUGAGGAAUAUGGAAAAGAACGUACCGACAGCAUACGAUUUGAGCUAAAGUCCGCGUAUGUCAAAGGCUUUCGGAUUAUCUUCAUUGUGAGCGCAGCAUUAAAUGCGCUCGCUUUCAUUGCUGCCUGGUUUCUCAUGCCUCAGGUCGAGCUCAACAGAGAUGACGAUGCGAAAUUGAAAGAGGAAGGGAAGAAUAGACAAAAGGCGGAAACACAAAGCGAGGACAAAGCCUAG